AUGUCAGAGUCGGAGCUGGAUUUGGAUCAGCUAUCCGAUAGCGAGAGAACUGCGCUAGAGAUGUAUAUGGCUGUGACUAGCCAAGAACCGUCGGAGGCCAUCCCACUUCUACGUCGCUCAGAAUGGAACGUCCAGAUUGCGAUAUCCAAGUUCUUUGAUGGAGAAGGUCCGGAUCCCUUGGAAGAGGCCCGAUCAGCUAUGAGCCAACCGCCUCCUCCACCUCACUCAAAUCGCCGAACCCAGAAUCUAAUGACCGACGAUUUAACGGAACGCCUGUCGCAGAUGACCCGCGUCACAGACCCGGCGCCACGAGUUAACACACAAUCUGGGGACCAGCCCGCUUACCGACCACCAUUUAUCAUUGCAUUACUGUUUAUGCCGUUCAACCUGGUUUAUCGACUACUCUGCGGUUCCCUUCGUCUGUUCGGGCGGCUCUUCCCGUUCCUCCCACGGUUAUUCAACAGGACGGCAAACCCCGCGCUGGCAGGUGCCCGCCAGAAUACCACCGGUCGCCGUCCGCUCGGUCCCAAGGACACCGCAGCUCGCUUCAUUAGAGAGUUUGAGGAGGAGUAUGAGUCGCAUUCGAUCCCAUUCUUGGAGAAUGGAUACAACAUGGCGUUGGAAAAGUCCCAUCGCGACUUGAAAUUCCUACUAGUCAUCCUCUUCUCCCCAGAACAUGAUGAUACAAGUAGCUGGGUACGGGAUACUCUGUUGGCACCCGAGGUGGCAGAAUUUAUCAACGAUCCCCAAAACAACUUACUGGUAUGGGGAGGUAAUGUGCGAGACUCGGAAGCAUACCAAGUCUCCAACUCAUUGCGCGUCACCAAAUUUCCCUUCGCAGCAGUCGUUGUCCACACCCCAAAUGUAUCAUCAACUGCCAUGUCCGUGGUCGGAAGGAUCCCGGGAAUCACCACGCCUACAGAAUUCGUGAACAAGCUCCGGGCAUCCGUGACCUCGAACCAAGAACCCCUAGAGCGCAUCCGAUCUUCCCGUGCGGAGCAACAAGCCUCGCGCAGCCUACGCGAAGAGCAAGACUCGGCCUACGAGCGGUCGCUGGCGAUCGACCGAGAACGGACCCGUCAACGCCGAGAAGCAGAAGCAGCGCGCCAACGUGAAGAACAAGAAGCCGCCGGACGCCAAGCAGCAGAAGAGCGGCGGCGCCGUGACCUCGCCCAGUGGAAGGUUUGGCGCGCGCAGUCCCUUAGCGCAGAGCCUGGGCCAGAUGUCAAGGAUACAGUGCGGGUUAGCGUUCGGCUUCCGUCUGGGGAGCGAAUCAUGCGCAAGUUUGCACCCGAUGCGGAUAUCGAAGAGCUCUACGCGGUUGUGGACUGCUACGAGGCCUUGCAGGAUGCAGAUGCACCUGCGGCUAGUGAACCAGAGGGGUUCGUGCACCAAUACUCAUUCAGACUGGUCUCACCGAUGCCUCGGGUGGUGUAUCCUGUGGAAGAAGGUGGUUCAAUCCGAGAAAAGAUCGGCCGGGGUGGGAAUUUGUUGGUGGAACCUAUAGAGGAUGAGGACGUAGAGGAUGCAGAUGAUGACGAGGCUGAAAUGUCUUGA